AUGGACAAUGUGCUAAUUGAUGACAGACGUAUUCAUGUUGACUUCUCUCAAUCAGUUGCAAAAUUACACCAAUGGAAUAGAGAAGGCAAAGAUGCACCUCAAGCUGACGUCAAAGAGGAACCAGAGUUGAUGGACCAUAAGAAUACUCACCGAAGAGAAAUGGAGCGGAGGAAUGGCGACGAAGAAGGAAAUCUCCAGAAAGAAGAAGAUCUCCAGAACUUAAGAGAGAGCGAAGCCCGGAAAGAAGAAGACGGAAGAGAUCAGGAUCAAGCGAAGAUGACCUGCCGCAAAAAUUUCGAAGAGAUAGGACUCCUGAAAAAUCCAACAGAAGGAGAUCAAGAAGCAGAGAACGAGGGUCUAGAAAAGAAAGAACAAGAAGUAGAGAACGAAUACGGGAGAAGCCGAGAAGGGACCGAUCAGAUAGCCGAGAUAAACGACGACGAAGUAGGGAGCGAAGAUCCAGCAGCACUGAGAGACGUAAGGAACGCUCACGUGCCAAUAACAGAUCGCGUUCACCAC